AUGGCGCAAUGUCAACCCGUCAGCUAUUUUUGGCUCCGCUUGUCGCCAACGCCCAUAUCGGGAGCGUGUAGGGUGGGAACCAGCGCGUCAGAUACUUCCACCAGUGUCUUCAACACCUUUGCCGAUUUCGCAUUGCUAAUACUUCCGAUGUUCGUGUUAUGGAAUUCGCAUAUGCCUUUGAAUCGGAAAGGUGGCCUUAUUGGAAUCUUUUUGGUUGGCGCCUUAGCUUGUGCAGCGGGCUUGGUCCGCAUAUGGAGUACCGUAAACGCCCUGGGCAACGAAACCGAUACCAGCUGGACAACAGCGGAACCACUAACCUGGACAGCCAUUGAAGCGGGCGUAGGCUUGGUCUGUGCUUGUUUCCCUGUCAUGGCUCCACUCUUUGGCCAGUUCUUCCGCGAACAUGUGGGUGCCGCGGAAUCUGGCGGCAGCACUCAGAAGUCUCACAGCAGCAACGGCAGUAAAGGCAGCUCCAUUGUCCACAAAUUCACAGGACGCCACAACCACAAUAGCUAUAUUAAACAAGACGGCGACGACAAAAUACCCCUACAUAACAUUUCGUGGCCAUUAGAGGCUCACGAAGCAGCAGCUGUGGACAUUGAGGGCGAGCAAAGUGUGCCUACGGCAGCAACGCGAGUCGUGGAUCAGGACCGCGGGCGAAGAGAACAGCUGUACCCAGGAGUGCAGGACCCAAGGGUCAUCAAUGAAGUCUAUAGGGGAGUGAGCCCGGGCGAGAUGGGAACGGAUGAGGAUGGGAAACCGCUACCGUCCAACGGGAUCCUUGUGAAGAAUGAUCUCGAGUGGACAGCUGAGACCAGGCUUUGUCCUCCAUCAACAUCGUAG